AUGGACUUUCAGAGUGCUAUGGAGACUUUCGCAGAAGCUUGGGCAGCCGCUAACACAGUCAAGUCGGAAGCCCCGAGUGAUCUUUCACAGAGUUUGUCAGCCGAGUUGAGGCGUAGUAAAACCCCACCACGACGUUCACCCGAGGAACGUGCUGUGCCUCGUCCACCCUCUGCACCUGUUCACCAAGAACGACCAUCUCUCACGCCUCACACUCCACAUCUGUCUCCUAAGAAAGAGGCUUUCAAUAACCUUCUUAAUAAAGGUAUAUCAGGUAAAACCCUGCCAGUGCAUUGUGUGGUGGAGGCUGUAGCUUCCUUGGAAGAGGGUGCGUGGCGGAGACGCGCGGUCGUAGAGACUGACAGCUAUGUCAUCAUCCCAGCCGCCACCGCUUUCCAUGAACUGGUUCCAGCCGCUAUGAUGAGAUUAGGCUAUCCUCAUGAAUUGGCCGCUUCUGCUAAAGGAUCAGUCGUUAUCAAUAACUGGAAACCGUUACCCUUCGAUCGCAUAUCAGAUGGUCCGUUGGCGACAGUGGGUGAAGUAUUGGGGGAACUUACUACUGUUGCUACACUCAGGAUUCAACUACUAAGACCAAGGCCCACUCCCUUGCAAGAUAUAAAAGACAAGCUUUUAAGGCUAUUGCUGGUUCAGAGCAGGCCGUUGCUGAUGUCUACUGGCUGCCCAUUGGAUGAGGUGACGUUGGCCCAGAUUUGUCGCGGUCAAGAUAGAUCUUCUGGUCCUCAUAACUUUCACGAAUUGUCGGAGGAAACUCGUCGAAAAUUUGAAUCAUGGUGGAGUGCUCAAGUAUCACCGCGCCCUCCGCCGUUUAGUCCACGCCGCUAUCCAUCUCCUAGUCCUAAAAAUCGUUCACCAACCUUAAAUCCUUUACCCGAUCACCUUCAUCCUGCUUUACAAACAGUCCAAAGCCAAUAUCCUACACAGAAAACAAGGAUGAGAACAAGUUUUGAUCCUGAAUUAGAAUUACCAAAACUACAGCGCUGGUUCUCUGAAAAUCAGCAUCCAAGUAGACAACAAAUUCAGCAAUAUGUACGAGAGUUAAAUAAUUUAGAAUCCAGAAGAGGAAGAAAACCAUUAGAUGUUAAUAAUGUUGUUUAUUGGUUUAAGAAUGCGAGGGCAGCUCAAAAACGUGCAGAACUACGCAAUAUUGGUGGACUCGGAGGCCAUCUUGGAGUAAAUGGUUUUAAUAGUAGAAGCCAUAGCCCAACUAAUGGAUCAUUAAUGGCUGGCAAUGACAAUUACAGUUCUCAUGAUCAUAAUUCUAUGAAAAGUCCAAUGCAAUUAUCAGGAAGCCCCAGAUACCCAAUGUCAGUAAUGUCAGAAGACAACUUAUCGAACGCUGGUUCAGAUUUAGAAGAUGAUGGCGGUGAUAUUAAUGCCGAUGACAGACCUGAAAGCCCAGAUGCCCCACUAUCUUUGAUAACCAAAAGAGAGAAAAAUAAUGAAGAAAGAGAAGAAAGUACUAAAGAAUCACCGAAGCCACCAGAUAUAAUUAAGGUACAUGAUAUCAAACAAGAGCCAAGAGAUUUGAGCAAGUCAGAUCAUAUGCUUUCACCACAACGAUCUCCAACAAAGAAUAGUGAUAGUUCACAUAACAAUAAUAAUAAUAACACCGAAGAAGAAAACGGCGGUGGUGAUGAUCCUGAUAUUGCAUCUGAUGAGGAAGUAGUUCAAGAACGCCAUUACGGACCUUCUUCCCCUCAUUUAGAUCGCUUGCCAUUUCCCAUGGUACCGAAUCAUCCAAUGUUUGGCCAUGGCAUUAUGUAUAUGAGUCAAUAUAUGAGUGGUUUUCCUGGAGUAGGAGGGGUUCCUGGUGAAGGUGCUAGUGGUCUAAACUUAGCAUUGGCUGGAGCUUCUGAUGAACGUCGUAAAAGAAACCGUACUUUCAUAGACCCUGUAUCUGAGGUGCCAGUUUUGGAACAGUGGUUUUCUAUGAACACUCACCCUUCGCACAACUUGAUAUUAAAAUAUACUGAGGAAUUGAACAGAAUGCCAUAUAGACAAAAAUUCCCACGGCUUGAGUCAAAAAAUGUGCAAUUUUGGUUUAAAAAUCGCCGGGCAAAGUGCAAGAGAUUAAAAAUGUCAUUAUAUGAACCGACGUCUCCAGGACAUUACGUUCAUCCUGGUCAUCACGCUAUUGCUGAAAGAAAAUUGGUU